GGAGUUUCCUCUCCGCCUCCUUCGCCCGGCCCGAGUGCGUUCGGAGGGAAGCCAGGCGGCGGCCGCAGCGGCUGGAGCUUUGAGACGUUACUUCAGCGGGGAGCCCAAGAUGACAGGUUCUAACGAGUUCAAGCUGAACCAGCCACCCGAGGAUGGCAUCUCCUCGGUGAAGUUCAGCCCCAACACCUCCCAGUUUCUGCUGGUCUCGUCCUGGGACACGUCGGUGCGCCUCUACGAUGUGCCCGCCAACUCCAUGCGACUCAAGUACCAGCACACCGGUGCCGUGCUGGACUGCGCCUUCUAUGAUCCAACACAUGCGUGGAGUGGAGGAUUGGAUCAUCAGUUGAAAAUGCAUGAUUUAAAUACUGAUCAAGAAAAUCUUGUUGGAACUCAUGAUGCCCCUAUCAGAUGUGUUGAAUACUGUCCGGAAGUGAAUGUGAUGGUUACUGGAAGUUGGGAUCAAACCGUUAAAUUGUGGGAUCCCAGAACUCCUUGUAAUGCUGGAACCUUCUCUCAACCUGAAAAGGUGUAUACCCUCUCAGUGUCUGGAGACCGGCUGAUUGUGGGUACAGCAGGCCGCCGAGUGCUGGUGUGGGACUUACGAAACAUGGGCUAUGUGCAGCAGCGCAGGGAGUCCAGCCUGAAAUACCAGACACGAUGUAUCCGGGCCUUCCCAAACAAGCAGGGUUAUGUAUUAAGCUCUAUUGAAGGCCGAGUGGCAGUUGAGUAUUUGGACCCCAGCCCUGAGGUACAGAAGAAGAAGUAUGCCUUCAAAUGUCACAGACUAAAAGAAAAUAAUAUUGAGCAGAUUUACCCGGUCAAUGCUAUUUCUUUUCACAAUAUCCACAAUACAUUUGCCACAGGUGGCUCUGAUGGGUUUGUAAAUAUUUGGGAUCCAUUUAACAAGAAGCGACUGUGCCAAUUCCAUCGGUACCCCACCAGCAUCGCAUCACUUGCCUUCAGCAAUGAUGGGACCAUGCUUGCCAUAGCAUCAUCAUAUAUGUAUGAAAUGGAUGACACAGAGCAUCCUGAAGAUGGUAUCUUCAUUCGCCAAGUGACAGAUGCUGAAACAAAACCCAAGUCACCAUGUACUUGACAAGAUUUCAUUUAUUUAAAUGCCGUGUUGAUAAUAAAACAAUUUGUAUUCCCCAACAGUGGAUUUAUUGUUAUUUACAAAGAAACCAGAGAAAUAAUACUUUUAAGAUAAGAAUCUGAAAAUAAUGAAAAAGAGGUUUUUAUUGAUUUAAAAAAAAAAAAACUUAUUAACAACUCCCUUAAGUGCAUGAGAUGUUUGAUGGUUUGCUGCAUUAAAGGUAUUUGGGCAAAUAAAAAUUUAAGGCAGUGACUGCACUUUUGAGAAUCAGUUUUGACUUUGGUUUUUGUUUCUGCUGUGGUGGUAAAUGUUUGUAAAUAAAAACAAGUAAUAAAAAUCCUUUUGCAUUCUUUCUGGACCUUAAAUGGGGGAGGAAAAGACUCUUGAGCCAUUUAUUUCUUUUGCUGGUUAUGGUUGCUGAUUCAAAGCUGCUUCAGACUGCUUCAUGAGGAGGUUAAUCUACAAUUAAACAGUAUUUCCUCUUGGCUGUCCAUCAUUCUCUGAAGCAGAUGGUUCAUCAUUUCCUGGGCUGUUAAACAAAGCGAGGUUAAGGUUAGACUCCUGGGAAUCAGCUAGUUUUCAAUCUUAUUAGGGUGCAGAAGGAAAACUAAUAAGAAAACCUCCUAACAUCAUUUUGUGACUGUAAACAAUUAUUUAUUAGCAAACAAUUGAUCCCAGAAGAGCAAAUUGUUUGAGUCAGUAAUGAGCUGAGAAAAGACAGAGCAUAUCUGUGUAUUUGGAAAAAUAAUUGUAACGUAAUUGCAGUACAUUUAGACAGGCAUCUAUUUGGACCUGUUUCUAUCUAUAAAUGAAUUUUUGGAAACAUUAAUGAGGUUUACAUAUUACUCUGACAUUUAUAUAGUUCUCUUGUCCAUUUCAGUUGUCCAGCCGCUGGUGAUUAAGGUUAAAAAGAAAAAAAAAUGAUAGUGAGAAUGAAAUUCAUUUCAAUGUAAUGCCUUAAAGCAGAGCACGAACUUAGCUUGGCGUAUUCCAAGUAGUUCCAGUUAGUAUUCUAACCUUUCAUAGUUAGAUAUUUGACAGCUUCUUUAUUUUUAAUUUGUAUUACUUGUAAGUAUAUGCCUCUGAGUAGGACUUAAUUCUUUACUGCAUUGUAUUUUUUAGGAGUUCUUUUGAUAACAAAGAAAGGGUCGUAUAAGUUUUUCAGUGACACCCUGUCAAAAUCUGAACCAAUCUUUUGAAAUGUAUUUUCUUCAUUUCAGGUCCACCUAAUCAUCUCGUGAAAGUGGUUUCUCUAUGGAAAGCUUUGUUUGCUUCCUACAAACACAUGCUUAUCCGAUCCCUAAGGGAUGACAGUCAUUGUGGAUAUGUUAUUUAGUAUGUGGAUUUCUCUGUUUUCUAUAUGUGUACUCUUUACUACCUUGUUCAGGGUGGUGAGUUUCUCCCUGUGCGUAGUCUGAAGAAUUUCCUUUCCUGCCCCUAGGCAAGUCUAGUUGCUGUCAAUGAGUGGUUUGAGCUUUUUUGUAGCAGAAUCUAGACCUGUUAUUUUCCUGCUGUCUAAUAAAUCAGAUCCUGAGCCCUCCUGUUGGAUUUUUAAAUAUUGGUAAUUAAUGUAAUUUACUACAUAAAAAGGCUUUUGUAAAACACACUGUUCAUCAGGGGCAGGUUGAGGAUGACAUUUUACCUUGAAGUCCACUCUGCCUUAUUUAAUUAUGUAUGCUCUGAUGUAUGUUGGUGAUACAGUGGUGAAUAAAGUGAUCUGUUGGAAUUCAGCCAUUUCCUGCGUGCCCCCUCUGUGGAUCAGCAGGGCUUUUGAGCCAACUAUGCAGCGUCUCAGGACAGCCACAGACCUACUGUGGCAGCCUGUGGGUGCCUUUUGGCAUGAUGAUCUCCUAGCAGUGCCAGUUCCAUAGAGCUCAUGUAGCUCUUAUGUCCCUGUGCUGGUGAAAUCAUCUUCAUGCAGAGAGCCAAAUGACAGGCCCUUCUGGACUUAUCCAUCAAAUGCUAAAUCAGAGUGAAGCCCUUGGGAUGGUAAAUAAUGUAAUAGCCAGGGACUAACUGAUGAUAUUGGUUCUUUGUUGUGAUUAUGUACUUUUAAAAGUCAUAACCACUUGGUUUGAGAACAACAUAAAUUUGUUGUAUAACAAAGGUAAUUAGUAUGGUACUGUUAAAGGUGACCAAAUUAAAACCAUGUUGUGGACCUGU